AGUUUCAAUACCGCGGUCCUUUACAGCGGACGGUGAUCUACUGGAAUUCUAACGUUCUGUAUUCUUAGGUGUUAAGAGAAAAUGGCAGAACUUUGUUUUAGAGAUUUACAAUUCAGUGCGUCUUCAGCCAACCUUUUGGGAAAUGAUGGCAACGACCGAGGAGUCUUCAAAGAAACUUUUAAAGGUCAACCAGUCGCUGUGAAAAAAUUUUUAGUGAACGGCACGGAUAGUAAGAUAAGUCGGCACCAAGAUGAGCAGCACUGGGAAAAAUUGCUCAAGUUGUGUGAUAACAAUCUAGUCCAGUACUUACAAUGUAGCAUCCAAGACGAUUUUCGUUACCUUGUGAUGGAAUUGUGUCAGGGAUCAAUGCUGAACUAUUGCCGCAAAACACUUGACGAGAGUGUUGCAUCGCAUGUCAAAGCAAUUGAUGUCAUGUGGCAAAUAACCUGCGGUCUUGAUUUUCUCCACCGCCAGAAAAUUCAGCACGGAAAUUUAAAGUUGGAAAAUGUCCUGUUUUGGAAAAGAGAUUCAAAAUCCAAGCGGGUUGUUGUGAAACUGGCAGGAUACGGAUGCAUGGAUGUCAAAACCGAUCUCUUCCAACUCGGUUGCUUGUUUUACUCUGCUGCAACUAAAGAAGAAGCCGAGCCAAAUGAAUCCGUUCCUCUUGACAGUCUUACUGAAAUCGAUGAUAACUUCAGAGCCCUCGCCUUGGAUUUAAUCAGCCUUCUUGUUCAUGGAUGCCUUUCAAACAGUGUCGUCGAAGCAGGCACAAUACUGCGACACCCUUUUUUUACCCGCUGCACAGAUGAAGGAUCAAGGCUGAUCGAAGACUCGGUGGACGUUAAAGUCGGUCUGAUAUGGAACGAUAAAGAAAAAAUGCAAAAAUGGUUAGAGUUUAUGGAUGAGGGAAAAUUUCCAGAUGAAGAUUUUGACGACUUUAAGGACAUACUUCUUGAAUCGGAAAAUAAGGACACACACAAAAUAGUGAGAGAAGCUUUCAAAACCACACCUCAGUUAUUCUCUGAAUAUGUUUGGCACACCGCCAUUGGAUCUGGGAAAAUGCACAUCCCAGUACCGAAAAGGAAUAGCAAACCCCACUCCAUAGAACUACAAGAAGAACUGGGAAAAGGAACUUAUGGAACAGUAUACAAAUGCGACUAUACGGCCGUAAAUGGAAACAUAUUCCCGGCUGCUUGUAAGAAGUGCAAUCCAAGAUCAGAAGCAGAAGUGUUAACCAGAGAAAUUGAGACCCAUCGUAAACUAGAUCACUUGUUCGUCGUCAAAUAUUUUGAUGCCGCCGAAAAGGAUUCAGAAAAGUUCAUUGUGAUGGAGUUGUGCGAAGGAUCUUUAAAGGAUUACGUCGAAGGGAAGUUGGAACGAAUCCCUAAAGACUCGCUAGAUGAAAAGCUCCUUAUUGGUCAAAUUACUCUUGGUCUGGCCUACAUUCACGGCGAAGGGAUCAUUCACAAGGAUUUGAAAUUGGAAAAUAUUCUUCUCAAGCGCGAUUCGUCUAGUCUGGUUUUAGCCAAAAUUGCCGAUUUCGGCUUCGCCAAGGAACUGAAACCGGGCAAAACCGAGUUCAGUGAAACUGAGCAUCCCGGCACAGAGACUUACAUGGCACCCGAACUACUCAGUGCUCCUGGUGAAACCUACCCAGCCUCGUUCGCUAGCGAUGUUUACGCUUUGGGAAUCACAAUUGCGCGGAUUGUCUUAAAAGGAAAACAUCCUUUUAGUACCAACGAAAUCUGGCGGAAGGUUUCUAUGAUCAAGGGUCUAGUUCCGCAAAAUCUCGAAGGACUCAGUUGGGAUCUGAUUGACUUGAUUCUCAAGUUAACCGACAAAUAUCCAGGAAAACGACCUAAUAUGUUCCUAGUGUUGCUUCAUCCUUAUUUUGUCCUGACGAACGACAGGACCAAAAGGCAUUUCGUCGAUCAGAUUUGGACCAGCAUUCAAUUAGUUAGUACGGAAGAGAAUAAAAAAAGGCAGAUGAGAAAAAUUUUCAACAAUCGAAAUUUCAUAGACUGGUAUGAAACUCUCUCCAGAAAUAAACGGGAUUCCGACGAAGAAAUCGAGCAAAUGACAAAAGCCUUUAAGUCGUUUAGCAGUUUCUUAGGGUCUGACGUUAAUGCCGACACUUUUUAUCCAACCAAAGAAUAUGACCAAACAAUCAAGGAAGCCAUCACAUCCGAAUAUGACGCCAAUGUCGGAAUUAAAAUUACUCAGAUGAAUGGAGUCCUUAGAUAUUACCACCAGGCCUUCUCUCGCUAUCGUUUGUACCAGUUGAUUCAGCGUACACCGAAGCUUCUUUUGUCGUAUUUCUGGUCGCAUUUACAAGAACUAGACAACGAGUCACUAUCAGUCAGUAUUUUGAGAUUAUCAGAAUAUCAGGAAUCCACGUGUAGAAAAAGGUGUCAGUCAAGCCAAGGAAAAUUAUCAGAAGCCUCACAACGCGGACACAGAGUUAUUUCCGAGUUAGAAUGGAUUAGCUAUUACUAUGGCGACGAAGAACUUGUUGACGAUUUGUGGAAUAUCAAGUACACAGAGAGCUACGAACUAUCUUCUGAAACCAUUGAAGAAAUGAUUAAAACAGUGGCCAAAUGCAACGUUUCAGAACAAGUAUGGUCGAACUUGCUAGACAGAUUCGGAGAUGAAUUUGGAUUGAAAAAAUUGCUCCUUUUGGUGAUUAAAAGCUAUGCACCGAAUGCUCCAAAAGUAACAGACAUGAUUCUACAUCGAUGUGAUAAGGGUAUUAUCGAGGAAGAAAUUUCGUCAGUUAUCGACGUUGCACUGUUGGCAGCAGCUUGUAAUGAAGGAGACUGGGCUGCUGAAAUCAUGCAAGUACUUUUAAAACAUGGAGGCAAUCCGAAUGUUGUCCAAAGUAUGGAUGGAUACACCCCAGUGCAUUACGCAGCUUUAAACGAAUCCUAUUCAGCGCCGAAAAUCAUCAAACUUCUUCUUCAAAAUGGAGCAAAUCCAAAUUCUCCCUCAAUUCCGGAUGGGACCACACCCGUACAUUGGGCAGCCCUGAAUCAAGGGGACUAUGCAGCAGAGAUUUUGAAGCAACUCCUCGACAGUGGAGGUACUUUUAAUGUGGUUGAAGGGUCAACUCUGUUCGAACCUAUUCAUUACGCAACCAUAAACAGUGGUGACUCUGCGCUGGAAUUGCUGGAAUUGCUCCUCGAAAAACGAGGCAUUGACGUCAUCUGGGUUGAAAAUGGUUUGACGUUGCUUCACUUUGCAAUGUUCAAUGAAGGAGAUUGUGGACCAGAUAUUCUAAAAAAGUUGCUUGAAAGUGGAAUGAAUCCCAACGUGCCUUAUAACAAGAAAUUGACGCCCCUUCACCUGGCGUCAGGAUCACUCAACUUAGAGAAUCAGAAUAUAUCCCUUAUGAGGGACCUUUUAGAAAAUGGUGGUGAUCCAAAUGCAGUUAACGAAGAUGGAUGGACACCAAUUCAUUGCGCAGCCGCUGAUAGAAGAGAGCAUGGAUAUGAAAAACUUAAGCUUUUAUUUGAUUAUAAGGGAAAUGCAUCCAUCAAUGACAAAAAUGGUAUGACUCCUCUACAUUAUGCGAUUUUUAAUAACCGAAAAUUUAGAACGGAGACGCGGGAAAAUACCGGUAGCGACGAAGCAAAGCAAAGUAUCGUGACGCAGAAUAAUCAAAUUCAACGCGUUCGACUGAUACUCGAUAAUGGGGGGAAUCCCAACGCUCAAAUCACACUCGGCCAAUCCCCUGUACACUUCGCCGUUUGGGCUGCCAUCCUUAACGAAUUUUCGGAAGACAUUUUGCAGUUGUUGAAAAUAAAAGGAGGAAAUAUUCCUGAUGAAAUACUGUGGGCUCCUAUUCAUCAUCCUGCCGGUAGCAGUCAAUUCAGUGAAACAGCAAUUGAGAUACUGAAGAUUCUCCUAGAAUAUGGAGGAGAUGCAAACUUAAGUGGUGGUGACCAAGGGUUCACGCCACUCCAUUUUGCCUGCAAAUCUGGAAGUCAUGGACUUCAGCUAACAGAAAUCCUCCUGGAACAUGGCGGGAAUCCCAACGCUCAGAACAAACUUGGGUGCUCUCCUGUUCACAAUGUCGUCGCCUUCAACGAAGGCAAUGUUGGAUUAGACAUUUUGAGGCUGUUGCUUAAAAAAGGAGGAGAUCCUAACCUUCUCAACAAAGAAGAACGUUAUGCUCCCCUUCACUAUGCAGCCGCCGGUCAUAAAGAAAAAGGUCCUGAAAAAAUAAAGAUCCUCCUAGAAAAUGGCGGAGACCCAAACUUAAAUGGUGGUGAAAAUGGGCUCACACCACUACACAUAGCCUGUAUGAAUUCUAAAAUUCAUGGUCCAACAAUAACAAGAAUUUUACUUGAAAAUGGAGGUAAUCCGAAUGCUCUUGAUCUGCACAAGCGAAUACCUCUCCAUUUGGCCAUCCAGCAAAACGAAAACGACCAGUUGAGAUUAGAAACGAUCAAAUUAUUACUUGAAAAAGGUGCAAAUCCAAACGCUGGAGACAAAGAAGGAAGGACACCGGUUCAUUACGUCGUUCAAGACAAUCGGAGCAAUUCGUUGAAAGUGUUAAAACUUUUAUUGGAACAUGGUGGAAAUAUCUUGCAGGAAGACAAUUUUGGAAUGACACCGCAUCGUUUAGCCACUCGAAUAGGAAGCAAGCAAUAUUGUCAGCCAGAACUUAAAAAAUUAAUUCUCCGUUAUUAUGGUAGCAGGUAG